CUACUUAAUAAUUUUCAGAGCAGGAGCGGCAGAGCGACAGAGAAGGGUUACUAUCACCAUAAUUCGUCUCAUGUGCCAUUUCCUGAUAUGCUGGACUCCAUUUUUCGUCAUGUUACCAGUAGAUUCCCUCUGCGACUGCGUACAAGACUCCACAUGGCAAUGGUGCACAUGGCUUGGAUAUACCAACUCUGCCCUCAAUCCUGUAGUAUACGCCGCAGCCGCCACCAGGGUCCGCCGGGCGUUCCAAGCACUACUGAAGACUACGUGUUCUUCAGCGUGACCUUCUCAUUUUACGUGCCAACGUGCAUCAUGCUAGUCCAGUAUGGUCUGAUCCUUCGCGCCUUGGCGUUACGCCCGCCAAUCCGCGCACACAGGGGCCAGUGUCCAAUUGUGGAGAUGGAUCAGAUGAAGUGCCCGGAAUCCUCGCAACAAACAGACGAAGCAGGAGCGGCAGAGCGACAGAGAAGGGUUACUAUCACCAUAAUUCGUCUCAUGUGCCAUUUCCUGAUAUGCUGGACUCCAUUUUUCGUCAUGUUACCAGUAGAUUCCCUCUGCGACUGCGUACAAGACUCCACAUGGCAAUGGUGCACAUGGCUUGGAUAUACCAACUCUGCCCUCAAUCCUGUAGUAUACGCCGCAGCCGCCACCAGGGUCCGCCGGGCGUUCCAAGCACUACUGAAGAUGACGCGACAUGGAGAAUAAAGAAGACUUAACCAAGAAAAGAAAUUGUGGGAACCAAAAUAAUGUACCAAAACAACUUACGUAAUAAAUUUAAGAGUUAAUUAAUAAUUUCUAAGAUAAUAUAUAAGAUAAAUUGUAAAAGGUAGGUUGUAGGUACUUUAAAAAUCAGUGUAGUAAGUAAAUAUUGAGAUAACAAAAAAAUGCAACCAUAAUUAAUCCAUAGCAAUAAAAAAAUAUCACUUUAAAGUCGUUUUAUAUAUGAACAAGUUUGAGAACAAAUCAAAUUAUUUUAUUAAAUAUUUUGAUUUGUUUUUUUUUAAAGUAGUCACACUACUGGACUGGAGCACUCAGCACUGGAGGGCUUCGUCACUUUUUCUUUAAUUUAUGACAUUGACCAGUUGGCGCCACUAUAGAUGUAUUAGGUCCAGAAAAACAGAUCACAAAAUUCUUCUAUGCUUAUUUUUAUAAAAUCAAUACAGUUCUAAUAUACACACAGGCAUUUUAACGACUAAAUAUGCAAUUUUUUCAACCUGUUUAAUUUUGCAUAUAUUUUAGUUGGCACUUUUUUAAACCCCUAACAUUUAUUGAGCUAUAUCUAUUGUUUUCCAUGAUUAAUCAAAGAUGGACAAAGAUUUACCACAAUUAUGAACAAGGAGUGAAAAUUCCCGAU